UAUUAUUUAGUUUAUUUAUCACUACACUACUACAAUAUUUCCAAUGUCCGACCGCUACGAUCGUGCCGUGACCAUAUACUCGCCCGAUGGCCAUCUGCUGCAAGUGGAGUACGCCCAGGAGGCAGUGCGCCGAGGAUCCACGGCGGUGGGACUUCGCACCAACGAUUGCAUUGUGGUGGGCGUGGAGAAGAGGUCCAGCAAUCCCUUGUUUGAUGAGCGGUCCAUGCGCAAGAUUUCCAUGCUCGACAAUCAUGUGGUGAUGACCUUUGCCGGCCUCACUGCAGAUGCCCGAGUACUGAUCAGCCGCGCCCAAGCGGAGGCCCAGAGCUAUCGUUUGAAUUUCGAGAGGCCCGUGACUGUGGAGUACAUAACACGCUUCAUAGCGCAGAUGAAGCAGAAUUACACGCAAAGUAAUGGACGACGUCCCUUCGGGCUCUCCUGCCUGAUGGGUGGCUUCGACGGGGAUGGCAAGCCGCAUCUGUACCAAACCGAACCAUCGGGCAUCUACUACGAGUGGACGGGCAGCAGCACGGGGCGGGCGGGCACCACGGCGCGCGAAUACAUGGAGAAGCAUGCGGGCGAUACGGUCGACUCCAUGGACGAGCAGACGGCCGUCAAGCAUGUGGUGCGCACCCUGAUGAGUGGCACCGAGAUGAGCGAACCCCAACUGGAUGUGGCAGUGCUGCGGUUCAACCAGCCACUCCGCAUGGUUGAGUGCCAGGCUCUGGACGAUCAUAUGAGGGCUAUCCGUGGUGAGAUCGAGGCGGAGGUCAAGACCAGGCUGGUGCCUAACAAAUUAUAAAUCUGUACAUUGUUUGUCUAAGUACUGUAGUGUAAUGCCAAAGGCUCUAUAUAUCUAUAGCAAUUCCUCACCCUA